CCAGAGGAUUGAUUAUAAAUCAACUGUUAUCUCUGCAAAAUCAGCAAGGGAAGAAGGGCUUUUUCAAGGCUACAAGUCUACAACUUCUGGGUAACAGACUUUGUAGACUGUAGCAUAUUCCCUUAAGCAAACUACUUUUUGUGCAUAUGGCUCUCUACUCUGCCUUUCUCUGCUUUAGUACCUUCGGCUCAAACCCUCGACUUUCAACCAAUCGUUUCUCUGGUCCGACGGUUCUCAGAACGGAGGCCAUUAAAGCAGCGACUUCUCCUUCUUCUUCUUCCCUGUCGACGUCCAAUCGCCCUCGUCUUUGUAGAUUACAAGGUAAUGCAUUUCCUAGUGGAAACGGGCCACCUGAUAUGAAUGAGUCAUCACUUGUGGUAUGCUUUGGAGAAAUGUUGAUUGAUUUUGUCCCAACUGUUAAUGGGAUUUCAUUAGCUGAAGCACCUGCCUUUAAGAAGGCUCCAGGAGGUGCACCUGCAAAUGUUGCUGUUGGCAUAUCUCGGCUUGGAGGUUCAUCGGCUUUUAUUGGAAAAGUUGGUGAAGAUGAAUUUGGGUACAUGCUCGCUGAUAUUUUGAAGGAAAAUAACGUGAACAGUGAUGGAAUGCGUUUUGAUCCUGGUGCAAGAACUGCUCUGGCCUUUGUUACACUCAAGAGUGAUGGGGAACGUGAAUUCAUGUUUUACCGUAACCCAAGUGCUGAUAUGCUUCUCAAAGAAUCAGAACUUGAUUUUGAUCUUAUCAGGAAGGCCAAAAUUUUCCAUUAUGGUUCUAUAAGUUUAAUUACAGAGCCAUGUAAGUCUGCUCACAUAGCUGCUGCAAAAGCUGCAAAAGAUGCUGGUGUGCUUUUGUCUUAUGACCCCAAUCUGAGAAUUCAUUUGUGGCCAUCUGUAGAAAGUGCCAGAGAGGGAAUCCUUAGUAUAUGGGAGCUUGCUGAUAUUAUUAAGGUAAGUGAAGAAGAGAUUUCUUUCCUGACAAAAGGAGAAGAUCCAUAUGACGAUGCUGUUGUUCGUAAACUUUUCCCGCCAAGUCUCAAAUUGCUGGUUGUGACUGAGGGUCCUGAAGGUUGCAGGUACUACUCCAAGGAUUUCAGUGGGAGGGUUCAUGGUAUUCCAGUGGAUGCUGUAGACACCACUGGUGCUGGAGAUGCUUUUGUUGCUGGACUGUUGUCACAACUAGCUGCUACUGAUCUCUCAUUGCUUCAGGAAGAAGACAGAUUGAGAGAAGCUCUUAAGUUUGCCAAUGCUUGUGGUGCGUUGACUGUGAUGGAGAGAGGUGCCAUUCCAGCUCUGCCAUCUCGAGAAGCUGUAAUGAAUGCCUUGCUCAAGUCUGUUGCCUAGAUCCUCACUCAAGCUCUUGUGAUGUACCUGAAUUACAAUUCUGCAGGAAUGUUCUUAGUCUGCAAAAUGCUAAUGACACUUAUUGAUUAGAUAGUAACAGGUUACAGAUUAGAGAUUGUAUUGU